AUGGUGACACAACCCGUUCGCAAUAACUCCAAAGGACGUUAUUCUCGCAGUCACGGUGGUUGAUAAUGCUUUCGCGCGCCAGUUGUUAUCGUAAUCGUUGUUCUUUGGUGUUGGAAGUAGUGCGUGGCGGAAGCAGGGAGCGCUUGUGGGAGCGGACGUGAUGCGGCAGUUCGCAGGUCGCUCAGCUGAUGAAGGUAAAGCUGCUGCUGCUGCACUGUGUCUAACAGCUACUACAACACUGGAACAAAUAGGCUGCUGGUUGGGGCAUUUGCACACGGCUGUGAAUGGUAGUGUCUAGAAAGGGUAUGUCCCUUCAGGAGAGAGGUGCCAAUGUCCAACCGGCCUAAUUCCAAUCCAGGGGGGUCACUGCGCCGUUCACAGAGGAACACAGCCGCGGCCCAGCCAAUAGACCACACACUUGCAGGAAGGUUGCAGCCAGAGCAAGUAAACCAAAAAGCAAAUUCCCUACCUGAAAGUAGAAGAUCUAAUUCUAAGGCUUCCAAAGCCCCACCCAGCUCUGCCGUCGGCUCCGCCCGCGGCCACGCCUCUCGAAGGAACAGCCUCUCUUUAUCUGUGGGUUCACACUCGAUUCCAGAUCCAGACUUAGAAGCAGCAGGAACUUCAGGACAGCAAGGGAGACGGGAGGGCAGCAGCACCCGCGCUCUCAAACGCAGCUCUGCAGCAGAGCCCAACAUCACCUUUUCGCCUAGCCCGGCCAAGCGGCCCAAAGCUGUGUCCAGUCACCUUUUCGAAAGCUCAGCCAGUGGGCCAUCGGCCCCCGCAACCUCACCUGAAGUUACAGAGCCGAGGAAAGCUCCGCCGUCUGUCAGCACCAAGUCCAAAAAGAGACGAUUAGCAGCCGAGCCGGCUCCUGCCAGAGCCCUGAGCAAGAAGACCGCGUCCUACCCUGGCCCCAGUGGGGUCUCGAGCACCCCCUCUCAAAAGCGCAAGAAGGCCGACGUCUCUUCGUUGUCGUCCUCUUCUUCCUCCUCCCUCCCCAGCUCAAGCAGCGCGGCAGGCCCCCUGCCACCCCGCAGCGAGGCCAGCCGGGCAGCCAAACCCACCAAGCUGGCGUCCAAAUCGGCCGCCUCAGCCAAAGCUGGGUGUAGCACCGUGACUGACUCCUCCUCUUCCUGUGCCUCUUCCUCAUCAUCCUCUUCCUCUUCCUCCUCGGCUGCCACAGGCGCCAACAGCUGUGCCCCUCAGGGCGCCCGGCUUAAGCAGGGCAAGGACCAGAGCAAAGCGCGGCGGUCGCGCUCUGCAUCCUCCCCUUCCCCCCGUAGGAGCAGCCGGGAUAAAGAGCAGAACAAGUCUGCCGGCUCCUCCAAGUUUGACUGGACGUCCCGCUUCAACUCCAAAGUCAACCUGCCAAAGGCCAGACUGUCCCUGCCAGGAUCGGCCAAGGCUGAGACCUCCUCCAAGCCUGGGCCCUCCGGACUGCAGGCCAAACUAGCAAGUUUGAGGAAGUCCACUAAGAAGCGUAGUGAGUCUCCCCCAGCAGAGCUCCCCAGCUGUCGGAGGAGCACACGUCAGAAGACCACGGGCUCUUGCGCCAGCACCAGUCGGCGAGGCUCAGGCCUGGGCAAGCGCGGGACUGCCGAAGCUCGCCGACAGGAGAAAAUGGCCGACUCUGACAACAACCAGGAUGGGGCCAAUUCAUCGGCCGCGCGCACAGAGGAAACGCCCCAAGGGGCGUCAGCGUCUAGCUCAGUAGCUGGAGCUGUUGGCAUGACCACCUCUGGAGAGAGUGAAUCAGAUGACUCUGAAAUGGGAAGACUGCAAGCUCUGCUGGAGGCCAGGGGCCUUCCUCCUCACCUGUUUGGCCCCUUUGGGCCCCGUAUGUCACAGCUGUUUCAUAGGACCAUUGGGAGUGGAGCUAGCUCAAAGGCACAGCAGCUGCUGCAGGGGCUGCAGGCUACAGGUGACGAAUCCCAGCAACUCCAGGCUGCUAUAGAGAUGUGCCAGCUGCUAGUGAUGGGUAACGAGGAGACGCUGGGAGGAUUCCCUGUCAAGAGCGUUGUACCUGCCCUGAUCACACUAUUACAGAUGGAGCAUAAUUUUGAUAUUAUGAAUCAUGCAUCUCGCGCCCUCACCUACAUGAUGGAGGCUCUGCCGCGCUCCUCGGCUGUGGUGGUAGACGCCAUCCCAGUCUUCCUGGAAAAGCUUCAGGUAAUACAGUUUAUUGAUGUGGCAGAACAAGCCUUGACCGCUCUGGAGAUGUUGUCACGGAGGCACAGCAAAGCCAUCUUACAGGCUGGAGGUCUAGCUGACUGUUUGCUGUACUUGGAGUUCUUCAGCAUCAAUGCUCAGAGGAACGCGUUAGCCAUCGCUGCUAACUGCUGCCAGAGCAUCACGCCGGACGAGUUUCACUUUGUCGCUGACUCUCUGCCCCUGCUCACUCAGAGACUCACACACCAGGAUAAAAAAUCUGUCGAAAGCACUUGUCUCUGUUUUGCCAGGCUGGUGGACAACUUUCAGCAUGAGGAGAACCUGUUACAGCAGGUGGCGUCGCGGGACCUGCUGACCAACAUCCAGCAGCUGCUGGUUCUUACUCCACCCGUGCUCAGCUCCGGCAUGUUCAUCAUGGUAGUGCGCAUGUUCUCUCUCAUGUGCUCCAAUUGCCCAUGCUUGGCCGUGCAGCUCAUGAAACAGAAUAUAGCAGAGACCCUGCGUUUCCUGCUCUGUGGAGCAUCUAAUGGGAGCUGUCAAGAACAGAUUGACCUUGUUCCCAGAAGCCCCCAGGAACUUUAUGAACUCACCUCACUUAUUUGUGAGCUGAUGCCAUGUCUGCCCAGAGAGGGCAUCUUUGCGGUUGAUGCCAUGCUGAAGAAAGGCAGUGCCCAGACUACAGAGGGUGCCAUCUGGCAGUGGAGAGAUGACAGAGGCUUGUGGCACCCUUACAACCGCAUUGACAGUCGUAUCAUUGAAACUGCACACCAGAACGGAGAAGAUGAGAUAAGUCUGUCGACACUCGGCCGUGUCUACACCAUCGACUUCAACUCUAUGCAGCAGAUAAAUGAAGACACUGGCACAGCCCGUGCCAUUCAGAGGAAACCCAACCCUCUAGCCAACCCCAACACAGGAGGGCACUUGGAGGUGCGGCGAGAGGACGCACGCGCUCAGCUGAUGAAAGAGGACCCUGAGCUGGCCAAGUGCUUCAUAAAGACUCUGUUUGGGGUUCUUUAUGAGGUGUACAGCUCCUCAGCCGGGCCUGCCGUCAGACACAAGUGCCUUAGAGCCAUCCUCCGGAUCAUCUACUUCGCAGAUGCAGAGCUGCUUAAAGAUGUACUGCGCAACCAUGCUGUGUCUAGUCACAUAGCUUCCAUGCUGUCCAGUCAGGACCUGAAGAUUGUAGUGGGCUCUCUGCAGAUGGCUGAGAUCCUCAUGCAGAAGCUACCAGAUGUUUUCAGUGUUUAUUUCAGGCGAGAAGGUGUGAUGCACCAGGUAAAGAACCUAGCUGAAUCCGAAGUGUUCCUCACCAGCCCUCCGAAAGCGUGCACCAGCGGCACAGCUAGUCUUUGCACCACCACCAUCACCACAGCAACCACUACAGCUGCCUCUAACGUCACACCUGACUUGGGCUCCCCCAGUUUCCAGCACAGCAUGGACGACUCACUGGACCUCAGUCCGCAGGGUAGGCUGAGUGAUGUUCUGAAAAGAAAACGCCUUCCUAAAAGAGGACCGAGGCGUCCCAAGUACUCCCCACCCAGAGACGAUGACAAAGUGGAUAAUCAGGCUAAAAGUCCAACAACCACACAAUCCCCCAAGUCCUCUUUCCUGGCCAGUUUGAAUCCCAAGACCUGGGGUAAGCUAGGGACUCAGACAAACAGCGCCAACUCAGAGCCCUCGCGCACUGCAGGGGUCAGUGGUCUGGCACGAGUGCCGCCUAAGGACUCUGUUUCAAACAACAGGGAUAAGAUAAAGGCUUGGAUAAAGGAACAAGCCAGUAAGUUUGUGGAGCGUUACUUUAAUUCUGAAAGUGUGGAUGGAAGCAACCCUGCACUGAAUGUCCUGCAAAGACUCUGCAGUGCCACAGAACAGCUGAACUUGCAGGUUGACAGUGGUGUAGAGUGUCUAGAGGAGAUAAGCAGUAUUGUAUCUGAAUCGGACGUGUCCUCCUUCGAGAUCCAGCAUAGUGGGCUUGUGAAGCAGCUGUUGUUGUAUCUUACAUCAAAUAGCGAACGGGACAUUGUCAGUAGAGAUGAGAGAAUCAAGAGGUUCCUGCACGUGUUCUUCGGCUGCCCGAUACCAGGGCAGGAACCUCUGGGGCGUUUGGACCCAACAGAGAAUGGCCCACUGCUAGCACUGGUGCACAAGAUGAACAACUGCCUUAGUCAGAUGGAACAGUUUCCUGUUAAAGUGCAUGAUUUUCCCAGUGGAAAUGGCAAUGGAAGCAGGGGUUCACAAGCCCUUAAGUUCUUUAACACCCAUCAGCUGAAGUGCCAGCUGCAAAGACACCCAGACUGCACCAAUGUCAAGCAGUGGAAGGGCGGGCCGGUCAAAAUUGACCCCUUGGCCCUGGUACAGGCUAUUGAGAGAUACCUCGUGGUUAGAGGGUAUGGAAGGAUCAGGGAGGAGGAUGAAGACAGUGAUGAUGAUGGUUCCGAUGAUGAGAUUGAUGAAUCUUUGGCUGCCCAGUUCUUGAAUUCUGGGAGUGUACGUCACAGGCUGCAGUUCUACAUAGGAGAGCACCUGCUGCCGUACAACAUGACUGUUUAUCAGGCUGUCAGGCAGUUCAGCUUACAGGCCGAGGAGGAAAGAGAGAGCACAGAUGAUGAAGCAAACCCUCUGGGACGUGCUGGCAUCUGGACCAAAACACACACUAUAUGGUAUAAGCCAGUCAGAGAGGAUGAGGAGGGUUGUAAAGACGCUGUCGGAGGGAAGAGGGGUCGUGCACAAACUGCUCCCACUAAAACCUCCCCUCGAAAUGCCAAAAAACAAGACGAACUGUGGCAUGAGGGUGUGUGUCCCAGUGUGACAAAUCCGUUAGAGUCAUACCUCAUUUGUGGUCCUCCAGAGGGCAUCACUUUUGAUGACCCUUCCAUGGAGGUGAUUCUGCUGCUGAGGGUCCUGCACUCCAUCAGUAGAUACUGGUUCUACCUGUACGACAAUGCUGCAUGUAAGGAGAUCAUUCCCACUGGUGAGUUUAUUAACAGUAAACUGACAGCAAAGGCCAACAGACAGUUGCAGGAUCCACUGGUCAUCAUGACAGGAAACAUCCCCACCUGGCUGACUGAGCUUGGCAAGACCUGUCCAUUCUUCUUCCCGUUUGACACACGGCAGAUGCUCUUCUAUGUGACGGCAUUUGACCGCGAUCGCGCCAUGCAACGCCUACUCGACACCAACCCUGAGAUUAACCAGUCUGACUCACAAGACAGCCGUGUCGCUCCACGCCUUGACAGGAAGAAGAGAACGAUAAACCGUGAUGAACUCCUGAAGCAAGCGGAGUCAGUAAUGCAAGAUCUCGGGAGUUCCAGAGCCAUGCUGGAAAUUCAAUACGAGAACGAGGUGGGAACAGGUCUCGGCCCUACGCAAGAGUUCUAUGCUCUGGUGUCUCAGGAGUUGCAGAGGGCUGAUUUGGGUCUUUGGAGAGGAGAGGAAGUCACUCUCUCCAACCCUAAAGCAGGGAGUCAGGAGGGUACAAAGUACAUGUUCAGUUCCAGGGGUUUGUUUGCUGUACCAUUUGGACGAACUACCAAACCAGCUCACAUCGCCAAGAUCAAAAUGAAGUUUCGUUUUCUUGGGAAACUCAUGGCUAAAGCGAUCAUGGACUUCAGAUUGUUGGACUUGCCUUUAGGUUUGCCAUUCUAUAAGUGGAUGCUGAGGCACGAGACCUCCAUCAGCUCUCAUGACCUGGUUAACAUUGAUCCUGGUGUCGCCAAAUCCAUCCAGCACUUGGAGGACAUCAUCCGCCAAAAGAAGAGAAUAGAGCAGGACAGAUCACAUACUCGGGAGACCCUGCAGCAGGCCUUGGAGAGUCUCAACAUGAACGGCUGCUCGGUGGAAGAUCUGGGGCUGGACUUCACUCUGCCUGGAUUCCCAAACAUCGAGUUGAAAAAAGGGGGCAAAGAUGUGCCAGUCACCAUUCACAACCUGGAGGAAUACCUCAGAUUGGUGGUCUACUGGACACUCAAUGAGGGCGUCUCCCGGCAGUUUGAUUCAUUUAGGGAAGGAUUUGAGUCUGUCUUCCCUCUGCACCACCUGCAGUACUUCUAUCCUGAAGAGCUGGAUCAGUUGUUAUGUGGCAGCAAGUCAGAGUCCUGGGAUGUGAAGACACUAAUGGAGUGCUGCAGACCGGACCACGGCUACACACAUGACAGCCGUGCAGUGCGGUUCCUGUUUGAGGUGCUGAGCAGUUUUGAUGCGGAGCAGCAGAGACUUUUCCUGCAGUUUGUCACAGGGAGCCCCAGACUUCCUGUCGGAGGAUUCCGGAGUUUGAACCCUCCCCUCACCAUCGUUCGGAAGACGUUCGAGUCAACGGAGAACCCAGACGACUUCCUCCCGUCGGUGAUGACGUGUGUGAACUACCUGAAACUGCCGGAUUACUCCAGCAUCGAGAUCAUGCGCGAGAAACUGUUGAUUGCUGCUCGCGAGGGCCAGCAGUCUUUCCAUCUGUCUUGAUCUCACCUCCUGCACCCUCACUCAAAAUGGCCUUCAAUCAACUCACUGCAGAACCACACAAAUCGUGACUUCUUCCUUUAGAGUUGCUCUUCCUCUUUCAUUUCCCCCUUUUUCUUUUCUUUUUUUUAAACACCCACAUUGAGGCAAAAUAUGUACAGCCUACUUGUUUAAAGAAAAGCAGCUUGCAGAAACUAAACAAUAGAACAUAAGAGACUUCCUUUUGACUCCUAAAUGGGAGGAAAGGGUGUUAUGCGACUCAUCAGAUUUAAAAAAUGAAAACAUUUUUUUUAAAGAAAUGUUUAAAAAAAGAAAACACUUCAGAGCAGAUUAUUAAAAUAUAUCAGUAGUUGACAGAUGUUCAAGCCGAAAAAAAAGAGGAGGAAAAACCUGGGUGACGUUUUAAAAAUUGCGUUGCUGUCUGAUGUAUCAAGAAAAAAGGGAUUUUUUUUUUCUCUACUGGUGAAUGACAUCUUCACUGUGUGUUCCUGUUGGGGAGGGGGCAUCCAUCAAGCCGGCGAGGGUUCCUAUAGCUCCAAAGAUCAUUUGUACAGACAAACAUUUGCAGAUUUUGCUUAUUCGACACAUUUGAUAGAAUAGCUGUGUGCUCUCCUGCCCAGUUUCCCCUCUGUUCUGUAUUAUACCCCAGGAGUCUUGUUGCGUUUUGGUUCCACUUCAUUUAAUUUCUCUUUUUUCCUUUUGUGUGUCACUUUUUUUCGCCCUCCUUUUUAUUUGAAAAAGUUUUUGAACGUGUAAGAGAGUUCCAGUUGGUUGAAUGCGGGUAGUGUUGGAAGUGUAGUAUCUUUAUUAUAUUAUUAUUAUUAUUAUUAUAAUUAUUAUUAUUAUUAUUGUUUUUUUUUUUUUUUUUUUUUUUUAACCCAAGUUGAAAUUGUUUUCUGGCCGACAUUUCACAUAGAGUGUCAGCUCCAUGUUGAAAAGAUAUAUCCAUUGAGUUGGAUAUAUAGACUCCUAUAUGGUUAUAGUAGUGUGCCUCUGCUGGACUUCUGGGGACUUGAGGUCUUAAUGAUGGGCCUGCUGAAGUUGCUUGGCUGAUGAAGCCGGGCUUUAAUCCCAUAAUGUAGCUGAGCACAAGAAAUUCAUUUAAAAGAAUUGGCUGGUCUUAUUUUAUUGUUUCAUGGCCAGAUUGCAUUUCAAAAAAAAAAAGAAAAAAAAAAGUUCAUUAAAUAAAAUAAAGUUUAUAUGCAGGUUUCGCACCCGGUUUGAGGUGGGAUUGUCUGCUUUUUUUUUUUUAUUUUCUAUUGUUUCUUUUUUUCCCCUUGCUGUAGUUUAUUUUUGCACUGCUGGCUUGGAACAAACCGUGGUGUGCACUGCAGUCUGUGGCCAGGAGGAGGUGCUGCUGUGCGCUCUCCUGUCCUCAUUGUUCAUGUGCUGGUUUCUAAGAUCUGCAAUAAUUUACUGCAUCAGGUUCAUGUUUUUACCUGAACAUAAAUAAAGUAAUUGUUUGACUCA